AGAAGAGUUUAUUGUCAGAAACUUAACCCCCAAAUAAAAAAAAACAUACCCAUUAAACCCUGAUUGGCUGCUGAGAAAAUUAGCGAAACAAUCAAUUUUCUCUAUUUUUCCCUCCUUUUGUUCUUUUCUCUCUGUUUAUUGAAUGCAUGUAGAUAUAGUUAGGUUUUCUGUGUUUAAUUGUGUUUGUAAUGGAGAAAGUCUCGAGCGAAUUUGAAGUGGCGGAGAUAAAGAAGCAAACUCUGCGGAAAACGCUGGAGCAAAUCCACAGUUCUUCGUCUUCGCUACUUUUGUUCUCUCUUCAAUGGAAGGAUCUGGAAGACCACUUCGAUACGACGCGUCGUUUUCUCCAGGAACAGGCGAAAGAGCUCGAGUCCAAAGAGAAGCGGUUCGAAGAGCUUGAACUGAGAGAGAAGCGGCUCGAGGAGUCGUCGAGAGGUUUCGAGGCGAAAGAGGAACGAUUUGGAGAGUGUUUGAAGGAGUUUGAGUUGAAAGAGGUGAACUUGGAGGAGAGAGUUAAAGAGGUUGAAUUGAGAGAAGAGAGGAUUGAGGAGCGUUCUAGAGAUUUUGAGGUGAAGGAGAAGCGGUAUGGAGAGUGUAUUCGAGAGCUCGAAGCGAAAGAGAAGAAGAUUGAGGAGUGGUCUAAAGAGUUUGAGUUGAAAGAGAAGAGAUUUGAAGAGGUUGAAUUGAGAGAGGGGAAGGUUGAGGAGUGUUCGCGAGGUUUAGAGGCGAAAGAGAAGCAGUAUGGAGGGUGUAUUCGAGAGCUUGAAGCGAAAGAGAAGAGAUUGGGAGAAUGUUUGAAAGAAUUGGAGUUGAAAGAGAAGAAAAUUGAGGAGUUGUCUAAAGAGCUUGAAUUGAAAGGGGAGAGGAUUGAGGAAUGUUCCAGAGGUUUAGGGGCGAAAGAAGAGCAGUAUGCAGAGCAUAUUCGAGAGCUUGAUGUGAAAGAGAAGCAAUUUGAAGCGCGGUUUAAAGAGCUUGAAUUGAGAGAGGAAAGCAUGGAGUUAAGAUGUAAAGAUAUUGGUUUGAAAGAGAAGUGGUAUACUGAGAGUAUUCGAGAGCUUGAAGCGAAAGAGAAGAGAUCAGAAGAAAUCAUAUCGAAUGAGAAUAAAUUAGGGGAGAGAAUUAAAGAGCUCGAGUUGAAAGAGAAGCUAUUUGAAAAGCGGAAUAAAGAGCUUGAAUUGAGAGAGAAAAGAUUCGCUGACUCCCUUCAUACCCGAGUAAAGACAGAGCCCUUAGAGGAUUUUCCAGUUAACAAUGUUGUUAACAAUUCUUCUACUGCUAGUCUUCGAUUUUGUGUAACUAUGGAUGGAAAGAGCUUGCAAAUAUUCCUAAAUGAGCGUUGGAAAGAGCAUGAUUCGAUGAGACUUGAAGUGGCUACUGCUCUUAGAUUGUCAUCAGAUCCUGCAAAGCUUGUUUUGGAUGCUAUGGAAGGGUUUUACCCUCCGCGUUUGAAGAAGGGAGACGUGGAGUUUGAUGAGAGUAUUGUUCAAGGGAGUUGUGUUUUGUUGUUAGAGCAAUUGUUGAAACUCUCACCGGAUAUUAAACCCCAGGUGAAACAAGAAGCAAUGAGAUUGGCCAUUGAUUGGAGAACAAAGAUGAGGGUGGAUGCUGAGCAUUCUUUGGAGGUUUUGGGAUUUUUGCAACUCUUAGCCUCUUAUGGAUUGGCCUCUGCUUUUGAUGCUGAUGAGCUUGUAAGGUAUUUAGUGAAAGUUGCCAAGCAUGACCAGAUGCCUGGAUUGUGUCGAGUCCUUUGUCUUCAUGAGAAGCUCCCAAGUAAAUCUUCUGAAAAUUGGGUAGCUAUGGACGGAAAGAGCUUGCUAAUAUUCCUAAAUGAGCAUUCAAAAGAGCAUGAUUCGAUGAGAUAUGAAGUGGCUACUGCUCUUCUAUUGUCAUCAGACCCUGCAAAGCUUGUUUUGGAUGCAAUGGAAUGGUUUUACCCUCCACAUUUGAAGAAGGGAGACGUGGAGUUUGAUGAGAGUAUUGUUCAAGGGAGUUGUGUUCUGUUGUUAGAGCAAUUAUUGGAACUCUCACCAGAUAUUAAACCUCAGGUGAAACAGGAAGCUAUGAGAUUGGCCAGUGAUUGGAGGAUAAAGAUGAGGGUGGAUGCUGAUCAUUCUUUGGAGGUUUUGGGGUUUUUGCAGCUCUUAGCCUCUUACAGAUUGGCUUCUUCUUUUGAUGCCGAUGAGCUUGUAAAGUAUUUGGAGAAAGUUGCUGAGGAUGACCAUAUGCGUGAUUUGUGUGGUGUCCUUGGUCUUGAUGAUAAGAUUCCAGGAUUCAUUCAAAACCUUAUUGAAGUAAAGCAGCUUCUCAGGGCUAUUAGGUUCAUUUAUGCAUUUAAGUUGGCUGACAAGUUUCCACCAAUACCCCUCUUGAGACCUUACUUGAAGCAUUUAAGGAAAUCUGCCAAUAGGCUUUGCAGAAAGCAAGACAGACCGCCCGAAGAACAGAAUGCGGCCCUAAACAGGAUAAUAGCUGACAUGGAGGAUGUCCUUAGAUGCAUUAAAGACCACGAGCUCGAAUCUGAAAUUUCAUUUCAGAACCUUGAGGAGUUUGUUGCUUUUCUGAGGAAACAAGAAGCAAUGAACAAAGCAACUGAGCCAGCCCUUGGCAGUGAGGCUCAACCACCACAGCAGAGUGUGAAAAAACAUAUUGCUUCUGCCAAUCCUGCUGCCCCCAUCCCUGCUCCUAUGCCUAUAUCCAUUAUGACGAAUAACCUCACCUUCCCAGCAACCGUUGGCCAAAUCACUGCCCCUGUGCCCUUGACUCAAAUGCAACAGAGUAGUGGUGGUAAGCGUCCACGAACAGCUGUAUUUGCAGAUGCUGCACCAAAUACUUCCAAUGGUUCCCCUUCAGCUGUCCAGUUAAUAAAACUGCCUCAUCAGGAGCCAGCAAGCUUGUUCAGCAAUCAAGCAAGCAGUGUUCAUACCCAUGUAAAGAGUGGGCAAUUGUCAAAGGAAAGUUUGCAAUUGUACAGCAGAGUGGCUUCUUCAAUGGUGAGAUCUAAGCCAGAUCCUAAAUGCUCAUCUGUACAAGAGAAUGGACAGAAACUGCUAACACUAUUUAAAAGAAAUCAAAGGAAAAAAAAGAAAUUGAAAUUGUUACUUAAAAAGCAAGUGGAUUAUAAGUCAAUACGCAAUCAAUUUACUGAUGCUCUUCAAUCGGUAUCGGAUCCAGAGAAGAUUGUUUUGGAUGCAAUGAAGGUAGUUUUUCGUUCAAUCUUAAAGGGAGAUGGAGGCUCUGAGUUGGAUGUUUCUAGAAACUUCAUUUUUUUGUUGAAACAGCUACCACAAGUUUCACUCCAGAUUAAGCCUCUGGUGAAAGAUGAAGCCAUGAAGUAUGCACUUAUUUGGAAAUCAAAGUUGAAAAAGAAGAGAGGUGAUCAUUUGCUGGUUGUGGCUUUUCUGCUAUUUUUAGUAGUCUAUGGGUUGAGCUCUUCUUUUUAUGCGGAUGAGGUUCUUGGUCUUUUGGACACUGAUGUUUGGCGUAAACAGGUCCCUGAUUUAUGUCAGGUCCUUGGCCUGUCAGAUAUUCUGCCUAAUUUUAUUCAAAAUCUUAUCAAAGAAGAGCAGCAGUUGGAAGCUAUUAAAUAUAUCUGUGCACUGGAGCUGGUUGACAAGUUCCAGCCAUUGCCUCUUUUAAAUGAUCAUUUUAUUAAUUCUAAAAGAAAAGCAGAGGAACUAUGCAGGAAAGGAAAUAACUCACUUUCAGUUCAGCUUGAGGGGAUAAGCAAAGAAUUAGCUUCUUUAAGAGCUUUACUAAGCUACAUUGAAAUUUACAAGCAUGAAGCUCCAUACUUGCCCGAAAUCCUUGAAAAAAUCAUUGCGGAACUGGAAAGGCAGCAGACAAAGAAAAUGUGUGAGUAUGAUGACUCCAAUGACAAAAAUGGACUUCUUACUGGGUCUAAAGCUACAUCAUUGCAGCAGCAUAGUGAGCCGAAAUGUGUUGCUCCAACAAACAAGAUAACAGCCUCUGCAGCAUCUACCAUAAAUUCGGUCAAUACUCCUGAGUCUGAGCCUCAAGAACAGGGUGAUAAUAAGCGUCAGAAAACCGAAGUUCCAAAAGAGGUUCCACCAAUCGAUUCUGUUGGUGCCGCUUCUGCAUUUCACUCUACGCAACCCCCUAGUUGGCAGCGACCGGUUUUGUUUAUGGAUCAGCGUUCUCCACACUUGAACACAUCAGCUGGACAUUAUAGUUUGUCAGGCCAUCCUCCUGCUAGCUUACAUAUGAACUCGUACAAUAAUCCUAAUUACCCUGAGGGUGCAAUUAGGGAACCUGUUUAUUAUGAUAGGCCACCACCCUUAGGUCGGCCUGGGGUUGCAAUCAGGGGACCAGGAUUGUACAAUUGGCCAAUGCCUCAUGGUGGCUGUAAUUUACCACCCUAAACUUUCAAUGGUGGUUAAAUUUUACCACCUUAGUAACUUUUUCUGUACUUUUACCUUAA